GAACGCAACCCUAGCUUGCUCUCUUAGCGGUAUAUUUGGAUUGGACGGAGUAUUAGCUAAAGAAAAUGGGUGACGACUUGGGUGACGAGUGGUGGCAACACGAGUACAAAUCAGAUGCAUCUGAGGUGGAGGAGGAGGAGACGGAACAAAAGAAAAAGCCAGCAGAAAAAACAAAGACAAAACCAGAGAAGAGGAAGAUUGUAACAGAGAAGCCUGCUAAAGCCAAGAAGAAGAAAAAUAAUGAGCAGAACGAGCAGACGAUCCCUCCAAGGAAGGAGACUCGGGAUGAAAAGUCCGCUAAACCCCCCAAAAAGAGAAAGAAAAAGAAAACGAUAACAGAUGUCUUGGCCACCUCUGAGCCAAAACCAGGCUGUCCAGCUGACCUGCAGGAUCUGGUUACACAGUACUUUAAAGACAAGCGGUCUGUAAUUGAGCAGGAGGAGCUCAAAGUGCAGGACUCCUUUUUCCUGUCUAGUAAUGACUUGACACACACCCUCUCUUCUUAUCUGAAACAGAUUGCUCCCAAGUGGGCAAAGAUUCAAAAGCAGCACACAGAAAAAAGUUCUGUGGUUCUGCUUGUCGUCUGCAGCUCUGCUCUCCGAACCAUCGAGCUCAUCAAGCAGCUGACUAGUUUCAAGGGUGAAGCCAAAGCAGUGAAGCUUUUUGCAAAACAUAUCAAGAUAGAAGAGCAGGUGAAGCUGCUGCAGAAAGGCAUCUCCCACAUAGGAGUGGGGACACCAGGGAGGAUCAGUGCUCUCAUUGAGAGAGAGGGUUUGAGCUUGCAGGCAUUGAGAUACCUGGUUCUGGACUGGAACUGGAGGGAUCAGAAGCUCAGAAGGAUGGUGGACAUUCCUGAGAUCAAACAGGAUCUUAUGAAGCUGUUGGAGAGUGGCGUCUUGGCUCGCUGUAAAGAAGACAAAGUCAAAAUUGGACUAUUUUAACUGACUGCUUGACAUUUAAAGAGACUUUGUCUUUGCUAUUCCUUGUGCUGAUCCUGUCCCGAGCCUUUAAUAUUUCCAGAGCCUGUGUGAAAUGUACGGCAUUGUUUGUUCACUUUUGUGACCAACACAAUGUCAGGGAGUGUGAUGAAUGAAUAAACAGACUCCAAAUUAAA